UCAGAAGUUAAAAGAUCGUGGAUGUUUUAUCGGAUAAAACAACAGCUCUGGAUCCGCAGAGGAAGAUGAAGGAGAAGAUGCACAAACUAUGAGACACCGACAUUAAAGGUCAAAUCAUGCCUUUUUUGGAAUUUAUAGCCGGCAGUGUUUCAGGUGCGCUCGGCCUGGCUGUCGGACAUCCUUUAGACACUGUGAAGGUGCGUCUUCAGGCCCAGUCCAAGUACAAAGGCAUAUUCCACUGUGUGGCCCAAACCUACUCCAAUGAAGGGAUCCAUGGGUUCUUCAGAGGUCUGGCAUUUCCACUCCUGACCACAGGCCUGGUCAACUCGGUGGUGUUUGGUUGCUAUAGUAACGCUCUGGACUACCUCACAGAGUCCCAGCGUCAGGACCGCAGCCAGGGGAAACCGGCCUCUGCUGCCCAGGUGUUCACCGCCGGCUGCUUCUCAGGUCUGGUGCAGGUGUUUGUUUGCGCCCCCAUUGACCUGGUGAAGGUCCGUCUGCAGGGUCAGACCAACAUCAGCCGGUACCGUGGACCACUUCACUGUGUCGGUGUGAUCCUGAAGGAGGAGGGGCCCCGGGGUCUGUUCAGGGGGGGGCUGGCCCUCGCUCUGAGGGACGUUCCCUGCUACGGACUCUACUUCCUGCCCUAUGAGAUCACCUGUAAGGCUUUGACUGACAGCGGCAAACAGCCAGGCACCUUUGCAAUCCUGAUGGCGGGUGGAGUGGCGGGUGUGGUGACCUGGGCCUUCGCCACGCCCAUGGACGUGGUGAAGGCGCGGCUCCAGAUGUCCGGCGCCGGCGGCCGGGACUACCGCGGCGUCCUCCACUGCGUGACAGUGAGCGUGCGGGAGGAGGGGCCGCGGGUGUUCUUUAAAGGCCUUCUGCUCAACAGUCUGAGGGCGUUCCCCGUCAACGCCGUCACCUUCCUCAGCUACGAGCACUUGAUGAGGCUUUUGUGUCCACCUGCACGAUGACGGGAGACAAUACAGACACACGCCUCGACUUAGAACGUCCUGUAACAUUGAGUUUCCAGUUCAGUGGGUUAGGGUCAGGUGGGUGGGUUUGAGUCGGUUACAACCACUAGAUACCUCCAAAAGUUACACCCUGAACCUUUAAAGUCUGUGUGGAAAGGUGAAUGUGUCCUCAAAAAGGCCUGAACAUACGUCUGAAAGCAGUGAUAUUAGUCUUUUUUAAAUGUUCUUCUUCCUUUUCCCACAUUUCCCUGUGGUCUGCAUGAACUGUAGACCAGGGUUCUCA